AUGUCGCCGUCCGCCGUCGCCGCGUUCCUCCUCGUAGCGUUUCCUCUCGCUUCCGCGUACGACGCGUACCGGAGCAGGGACGGAGCCGUCAAUUUUCUUCGACAUUACGGCUAUCUCGACAGCACCGCCGAUCGAUCCCUGAUCACGAACGACGAGCUGCGUCACGCGGUUUCGUUGUUUCAAGAGUACUACUACCUUCCGGUCGACGGUACGCUGAACAACGUGACGCUUCGUUACAUGGCCAAACCGCACUGCGGGGUGACCGACGCGCCGAGUCGCCGGCUCGGCGUCGCGCCGUUGCAGUGGCCGAGGCUGAACCUCACGUGGAACUUCCAACUUGCGGACCGGACUACCCUGCGAACGACUGAGACCGCCUUCGCUCUCUGGACCGCGAACUCGUCGCUGACGUUCUCGCGCGACACGAACAAGCCGGACAUCAUCAUAGCGUUCCGCGAGGGUAGGUACACGAUGCUGGACCGUAGGUACGACGGCGCCGUCUGCUCCGGCGACCUCGACGGACCGGGCAAGGUGCUCGCUCACGCGAUGUUACCCUCUGGGGCUCGGGACGACGUGUCGGAGGUGCACGUCGACCACCGCGAGGCGUGGCACAUCGCGCUGACCCCCAAUUCGCAGAACUCGCAUCACCUGCUGCGAAUGCUCGUUCACGAGAUCGGCCACUCAUUGGGAUUGUCGCACACCACGGACGAGAACUCGCUCAUGUACGCGUACUCGCCCGCCGUGGAAUGA